AUGAGACACUCAAAGACCAGCGACCCCAGAUACCUGGGCGACAGCGCGGCACCCGCCUCUGGGAGCGGAGCCAGCCAGGCAACCUCAAGCCCUCAGGUCUCUGCACCCUCCCGCAACUGCGCCCCGCCCACACUCCCGCGCCCUCCCACCACUGCGCCCCGCCCACAUCCCCCGCAUGCUCCCCAACUGCGCCCUGCCCACAUCCCGCACUCUCCACCCACUGCGCCCCGCCCACAUCCCCGCCCCCGCCCCCACUGCGCCUCGCCCGCAUCCCCACACUGUCCCCCCACUGCGCCGGGCCCACAUCCCUACACUCUCCACCCACUGCGCCCCGCCCACAUCUCCGCACCCUCCCCCACCGCACCCCGCCCACAUCCCCGCACUCUCCUCCAACUGCGCCUCGCCCACAUCCCCACACUUUCCCCUCACUGCGCCCCGCGCACACUCCCGCUCCCUCCACCCCUGCGCCCCGCCCACACUCCCGCGCCCUCCCCCUCACGGCGGCCAGCAGACAUCCUGCGGCCCCGCCCUCAUCCCGACUGCGCCCCGCCCACACUCCCGCGCCCUCUCCCACUGGUUGUCCGGCCCACAUCCCGCACUCCUCUACUGCGCCCCGCUCACACUCCCGCACCCUCCCCUCACUGCGCCCUGCCCACACUCCCGCACUCUCCCCCCACUACGCCCCCUACCACAUCCCGCGCCCCCGCCCCCAUCCCCACUGCGCCCCGCCCACACCCCGGCGCCCUCCCGCCCCUGGGCUCUCCCGUCGUGGGCACUCUCCCUAGCGCCUCUACACUUUUCUCCCGACGCAGCGCCCUGCCCUCCGUCCCGCCCCACCUACUGCCUCCUGUGCUUCCCCCACACAGUGCUCUUCCUCCUCCUUCACUUCCUCCCACUCCUUGCGCUCCCCUUCAGCGCCCCACGCCGCUCCUCCCCAAAAACCCCGCGUCGCUCUCCUUCCCUCCUGGGCUCGCUUCCAGUCUGGCGCUCCCUGCCGGGCCCCGCCGCAGGUGUCCCGCAGCCGUCUCCCCAGGACAUUUGAAUCUUGCCUUGGAGCUCUUGCCGCGGCCCAGCACCCUGGAAGAGGCAUGGGGAGGAUGGGACGACGAGGAAAGGGAAGGGUAAUUGGGCUUGGAGCGGACUUGGGCGGGGUGGUAGGGAACCUGAGCUCCGUUGGUUCAGGGUGUUUGCCCCUGACAUCCUGUGUCCUGGUUGGGAAGUUCAGGAGAAAUUGGGAGCAGUCCUUACAGAAUGUUUUAUUUGGAGAACCAAGAGUAUUAAUUUUUUGGCGAGCACUGUUGUAGGCCCUGGGAAUUCAGCAGUGAGAAAAACAGUUUCAACUCCCUGCCAGGCCUGGGCUAGAAGGAGGCAAGCGAGCGAGGCACUCGCAUGGGGGCAAAAUUUAAGGGCGCGACAAAAAACUCAGUAAUCAAGGUAAAUAAUGUUUUAAUACAAUAUCUUAAAAAGUCAAAAUGAAUGCAAAAAAAAGUUUAUAAUGAACAAAAUAUCAAAAACUUAAAGACAGUGAAUGAAUCCAAAAUAUGCCACCCUAAAAUAUGCCGCUUUGGUAUAUUGAUUAUUUUGAGCGAGAGGCACUUGAAAAAUAGCAAAUGCAGAGAGACGUUCUCCCCUUACCUGUCUAAAGACGGAGCCUCCAAAAGAAACUGAUUGUCAUAAAUUCCCUCCCGGGAGGAUGGACUCUUAAUCACAGCAGAAGUCCACACCACACCUAGACAAACUUUGUCACAAACUCAUAAAGACUUAUGCAUCUUUCCUAAAAAUCAGUUACUCUCCCCUAAGUGGCCUACACCAGCUUCCAGUUCCCCUAUUUUAGAAGCUCUCAAAGCUCACCGGUUUGGGGGGUUUUAACCUAGUUUCCUGCAAUGCCCCCAUGCAGGUGAUAUUAAAGAUUAAUAAAUGUGUAUUCCCGUUCCCCCGUUCAUCUGCCCGUUGGCAGUUAAUUUCAUAGAGCCAGCUAUGGAACCGGGGAGGAUAGAGAGAAGGUCUUUGCCCUCCUAAGACAAGAUGGAUCCCCCACUGACUUUGGACUCCCGUCACGCUCACCAACCCCUGAGUCCUGCCCCUGUGCCUGCCUGGAGCUUAUGUUCUAACGGGCACAAACAAAUAAAUAAGGAAGAUAUUUUGCAGGUGCUAUGCCAAAAGAAGAGCCAUGAGCAGGGGCGCAGGUUUUUGUUUUGUUUUAUUUUGGUUUGGUUUGGUUGGUUGGUUGAGAUGGAGUCUCGCUCUUGUUGCCCAGGCUGGAGUGCAAUGGCGUGAUCUCGGCUCACUGCAACCUCUGCCUCCCGGGUUCAAGCAAUUCUCCCGCCUCAGCCUCCUGAGUAGCUGGGAUUACUGGUGCGUGCCACCACGCCCAGCUAAUUUUUGUGUUUUUAGUAGAGACGGGGUUUCACCAUGUUAGCCAGGCUGGUCUCAAACUCCUGACUUCAGGUGAUCCACCCACCUCUGCCUCCCAAAGCGCUGGAAUUACACGCUUGAGCCACCGAGGGGCGCAGUUUUAAUCUAGCGGUGACAGGAGUCAGGGAAGGUGAGAUUUGCGCUUCCUGAGGACCCGCCUGCCGGCGCGGUCUCCCCCAGUCUCGCCGUUAAAUGAACGGAAAUUGGCGCACGCCGUUGCCUGCAGGCACAGCCCGUCAGCUCGGCUGCGUAAAUGUACUUAGCGGCCAAAGCUCAGUGGAAACCCUGCGGGAAUUGAUUGGCGCUCUUAGGUGAAGCAGGCUGUCAAGAGCCCCGAUUCACUGUCCUCUGGGGAAAAUGGAUAGACAAAUCGGAGGAAAAACUUGAGACGAACUGUGAGCAGUAUAAAUCUUGCAUGAGGAGGCCCCUGACUUACGUUAAGACUCAGAGAAGCAGGACAACACAACACUUCCUUUCUAAGCCUCCCCCAGGCCUGGCCAGCGGGAGGAUGUAAAGCUCUUCCUGAAUGAUAUACUUCUUUCUGAUACAAGAGAAAUAAGAAGAAUCCCCUGCCUCAUGCUGCCCCCCUUCAUGACUUUGAAUCUGAAUGAGGACAUGAUGUCUGGAGCUCCUGCAGCAGUCUUAGCACUGUGAAAAAAGAAGGCCAAGAAAAUUUCAGAGACAACUGCCUAAACUUCUGAUAUUGUUGUAUCUCCAAACCCAAACCAAUAAUGAUCUACCCCCAGACAGCUUACCAAAAAAUACAUCCCAACUGUAGACAGUUCUCCAAGCGUGUUCUGCAGAACCCCAGGUGAUGACCUAAGACCCAUAGAGGUGGUUUGCAAGGUCAAAACUGUUUUCUUUUUUGUUCAUUUGUUUCUUUUUUGUUUGUUUGUUUGAGAUGGAAUUUUCACUCUUGUCACCCAGGCUGGAGUGCAAUGGCGUGAUCUCGGCUCACCACAACCUCUGCCUCUCGGGUUCAAGCAAUUCUCCGCAAUUCUCCUGCCUCAGCCUCCCUAGUAGCUGGGACUAUAGGCGCCCGCCACCACGCCCAGCUAAUGUUUGUAUUUUUAGUAGAGAUGGGGUUUCACCAUGCUGGCCAGGCUGGUCUCAAACUUCUGACUUCAGGUGAUCCACGCCUCGGCCUUCCAAAGUGCUGAGAUUACAGGCAUCAGCCACCGUGCCCGGCCAAAACUGUUUUCUUUAUAACACAAAGAUGAUAUUUGUCUUCUUCACUGUGCUGACAUUUGCCCUUAUGAUGCAAAAGUAAUGAUGGAUAAACUGCUGUCAGGAUCUGAAUCAAGCCAGUGGCACCAAACUAUACUCAGUAGUCACUGUAUGCUUCUCUGCCAGAUACACAA